AUGUCGGCCAUCGCGCAAGACCAAGAUCUCGAUAUGGAGAAGCUGCAGCCGGUGGAGGUACGACCCAUCGACGAAGCGGAGCCCGUCAAACCGCAGGGAUUUUUCGCAAAGAUCCGAUACUAUGAGGAGUUUCUGGAUCGGAAGAUGGGCAUCGAGUCGCAUAGUUUGGAUCGCGUGCACCCCGAGGAUCGCCAGUCGCCGAGCCCCGUGGUGAUGGCCUUUAUGUGGGCAUCGGCGACGAUGAAUAUCAGCUGUUUCAGUACCGGAUUUAUGGGGAAGAGUUUUGGGCUCUCGCUGGGGCAGACGAUUCCGAUUGUGAUCUUUGCGACUUUGUUGGGUGCGAUGGUGACGGGCUGGUGUGCGACAAUGGGACCUGGAACUGGCCUUCGCCAGGUUGCUAUCUCGCGAUAUUCGCUCGGCUUUUACCCUUCGUCGAUUAUCGCCCUGCUGAACGUGAUCGAGCAGUUGGGCUGGGCAUCUGUCAACUGCAUCACGGGCGGAUUGGCGCUCAGCGCAGUCUCCAACGGACAUGUCAGCAUCGCUGUUGGAGUGGUUAUUGUCGCGUGCAUCAGUCUCUUGUUUAGUUUCGUCGGACUACGAGGCGUCCUGCUCUACGAGAAAUACGCGUGGAUGCUCUUCUUCAUCAUCUUCAUGAUCAUCUACGGCGAAGCGGCGCACCGCGCGAAUCUGGGCGAGGCCCCGACCGUGACCGGCAUGACUCGCUCCGGUAAUGUGCUGAGUCUGAUCAGUGUAAUUUACGGGUCCAGCGCAUCGUGGAGCUCGAUCGUGUCGGAUUUCUAUGUGCAUUACCCCGUGAACACGCCCAAGAUCAAGGUGUUCUUGUACACCACACUGGGCAUCACGAUCCCCACGUGCAUCGGCAUGCUACUGGGUGCCUGCAUCGCCUCCGCUCUGGACGACAACCCUGAGUGGGCCGUGGCGUACGAGGUCGGCAUUGGUGAGAUCUUGAAGACGAUCAUCUACCCCGACGGAUUUGCCAAGUUCUUAUUGGUUUUGUUGGUGUUGUCUGGAAUUGGUGUUAAUUGCAUUGCGAUCUAUGCCGGCGCGUUGUCCGCUCAGCUCUUCGCACCACCGUGUGCGAAAGUACCCCGUGUGAUUUGGUCAUUCCUGAUCUUCGUCUGCAUUCUGCUGCUGGGUAUAGUCGGCCGGAACCACCUGCUGGAGGUGUUGGAGAACUUCCUUUCCCUUUUGGGUUACUGGAAUACCUCGUUCUUCGCCAUUCUAUUCAUCGAGCACUACUAUUUCCGAAAGGGUAGUCUGGCCAAUUACGACCUCGAUGCCUGGAACACCCCUUCGAGGAUGCCUGUCGGCUACGCCGGGUUGACAGCGUUCUUAUGUGGAGCGGCCGGAUGGAUUGUGGGCAUGGUGGAGACAUACUAUGUCGGCGUGUUGGCAGCGAUGAUUGGGGCCGACGGCGGUGACAUCGCCAACGAGCUGGCGCUAGUCUUCACAACAGUGUCGUAUGUGCCCCUGCGUAUUUUGGAGCUGCGGUAUGUGGGACGAUAA